UUAAUAUCUGCAUGAAUUCUUUUCUCCUAAUAACAGGACUGUUCCUCAACACAGUGUCUCUCUCUAAACUAGUUAGAGAAAGGUUUGUUGAAAGAAAAAAGAAACGAAUGAGUUUAUUGCUCAUUCAUCUUGGCAUAGCAGACCUUAUGGUUAUCCUACUGCACACCCCUCUGGAGAUAGUCUGGUCCGUGACAGUAACCUGGGAGGGAUCAAACCUACUAUGCAAGAUCUGCAUCUUCGCCAGGAGUAUGGGAUUCUUCCUGUCUAGCCUAAUCAUCAUGGUUAUCUCGGUUGACAGGCUUCACGCUGUGCUCUUCCCUAUACAUCACAGGGUUUCCAGUGGAAGAACAAAACUGAUGCUGGCUCUAGCUUGGGUAGCAGCGCCUAUUCUCAGUAUUCCACAGUUGUUUGUUUGGAGCCUGAAAAACCAUCCCUUUAUUACGGACUACUUUCAGUGCACCCCAAUAGGAUACUUCGAAAAUCAAGUUUUGAAGGUGAUCUACAACGUGUUCGUGAACAUGUGUCUCAGUGUGCUCCCCUUCACCGUCAUGCUCAUCUGCUACGUCACCAUCAUGGUCGUCAUCACAAGAAGAAAGUCCGCUAGCUUGAGUGCAAGUAAUGCCAACGAUCAAACACGGUUUGACAAAGCUCGUCUUCAGACUGUAAAGAUCACAGGAGUUCUUAUAUUUGGAUUUAUUCUCUGCUGGGCUCCGUACAACGUGAUGACAGUAUGGUUUCUAGUAGACUCUACCAAUGCUAAAUCUAUUUCCUACACCGUACAGAAGUUCCUGUGGUCCUUCUCCUGCGCUAACAACUGCUUGAACCCGUUCUUCUACAAUAUUUUCUCAGAUAAAAGUGAAUCCAGUCCUAACCCUGGACACGAAUCUCAAAGUUUUAUGCUGAGAAACUCAACAAGGGGUUCAACAAGCUGUUAUAUUGAGAAAAGAAGAGGAACGAAACCGGUACAUAUGAAAACAAAAUCUGAAGGCUGCGACCAUUUGAAUAAGAUCGAUAUUGUCGUUAGUGAUACCGGAACAAAAUCCACAGAAAUUCUUCUGUAAACCUACCAAUCGGCAAUCAUCAACCGCUCUGCAGACGAUAAUUAAAAA